AUGGCUCCCAUCAAGCCGCACUGGGCGCAGCCGUCGCACCCCGAUGUCCAAGAGGUCAUCGUCAACGAGGCUGCCUUCACCAGCAAGAGCAUCUCCAAGGUUGCUCUCCCUCCCUUUGGCCUGUUCGCCAAGCUUGAGUUCCCACCCUGCACCAUCGCCCCCGAGGCUACCUACGCGACGGUCCAGAUGGGCCGUGACCGGCACUUUGACUUGAACAGCGACCUGCUGUACAUCAACCACUCAUGCGAGCCGUCUCUGAUCUUCGACACGGCCAGCAUGAACGUCAUCGCCGGCCCGAAGGGUCUGCAGCCGGGCGACGAGCUGACAUUCUUCUACCCCUCCACCGAGUGGUACAUGGCGCAGCCCUUCGACUGCCUCUGCGGCACCCCGACCUGCCGCGGCCGCAUCGCCGGCGCGCGCGACAUGACCCCGCGCCAGCUCGACGGCCUGUGGCUGAACGGGCACAUCCGCGCGCUGCUGGAGGAGCACGACGCCGGCAGCCGCAAGAAGCACCACCACCAGGCAGCCAACGGUACCACCAACGGCACCAUUGCCACCAACGGCACCAUUGCCACCAACGGCACUAAUGGCACUAACGGUGUCAACGGUGCCAAUGGUGGCGCGUAUGGUGUCGCUGGGGAUGAGGCCUCUGGCAUGUCUGCCGGGGCGCAGCGGCGGGGUCCGACGUCAAGGGAAUUGAGCGGCGAGAUGGGCGGGGAUACGUCGGUGGUUGUUUGA